CGCGCAAGCUUCCAUCCUCAUCGGGGUGAAUGUCUGAAUGGAGAUGUCAAGCAGUAUGGACAUCCGUUCCUUUCUCGGCGAGAACCUCCGUAAUGGAUCUAACCUAUCUUAUGAAUCCACAUGCAGAAUCCAGGAUGGCUUUCUGAUGGAGACCCUGCCUGUUAUGUACUCCAUCACCGCCGCCAUCGGUUUCGUUAGCAACCUCCUGGCAUUUUGGGUGUUCACUUUUGGCAGACUGAAGACCAACUCCAUCACGGUCUACAUGAAGCACCUCGCCAUCGCCGAUCUCUUGCUCUCCCUCUGUUUGCCCUUCCGGGUGGCUUUCCAAAAGCACAGCGGCCCACUUGCUUUCUGCAAGGUGGUAGGCAUGAUCUUCUACAACACCAUGUACGUCAGCAUUCUGCUUCUCAGCUUGAUCAGCCUGGACCGCUACUUCAAAAUCAUCAAGCCCCUUAAACAGUUCCGAAUCCACACGACGUCCUUCAGCUUCACCAUGUCCAUGGUGGUGUGGAUCAUCUGCUUCAUCACAAUGCUUUGCUUCCUUUUGGAUUCUAAUAAAAGUGGACCCUGUGACCACAAGUGCUUCCAUUUCAAGUACAGGAGCACCAGCGGAGGCAUACUCAAUAUGUUGGUGGUGGCUUUUUUCUUCCUUCUGCUCUUCUUUCUCCUUUAUUCCUACGGUAAAAUCUCGCUCAGGCUCCGCGCGGUCUCUUUGAAGCAAACCCAGCAGCGCAGAAAAACGAUGAGCACCAGAAUUGUGAUAAAGACUUUUGUGGUUUUGGUAGUCUUCAUCGUAUGCUUUGUCCCCUACCAUGUGGUCAGGAUACCCUACAUCCUUGCCCAAAUGAGGAUCGUUUCUGAACAGAACAUCCAGGCCCUCCACCUUGCCAACGAAUUGGUCCUUUGCAUUUCAACCCUCAACUGUUGUUUUGACCCUGUGAUUUUUUGCUUUCUGUCCAGCAGUUUUAAGAGAUCCUUGCUGAACAUCACUCUCCGAAAGCUGAAGUGGGUUUCUCAAAAAAAUAACCAGAGAGCAUUGUACGUCAAAUAAUCCAUCACAGACUUCGAGGUAGAGAAAGGACUAUAAGUUGCGUAACUAGGAAUAAACUUCUGGAUAGGAAUUCUUCCUGCUAGAUCAGCCUUCUUCAAGAUGGCGAGGACCAGAAGUUGCGAUGAAUAAAAGCCCUAGUUAAGGAUCUUUUUUUUUUUAAUCCAACAAGUCCAGAAAACACCAGGACCCAGAAACCUGAAUUUAGACAUCGCUCGGUGAAAAUAUCGAUGUAUGUUAAGAGGAGACACAAGCUAUGAACAGGAUUUUUAGUCCCUGCUGAGGAUGUGCUCUAUUUGAAUUUUUGUUUUCCUGAGAAAACCACAGACCAAGCAAAAAAGGAGAUGAAUGAUAAAAAUAAUUCGUGAGUGCUGACAAAUUGUCUAGGCCAGGGGUCGGCAACUCUCAAAGAGCCAUUUGGAUCCGUUUCCCACAGAAAAGAAAACACCGGGAGCCACAAACCCCUUCCCGUGCCUGACUAUUUUAUCUGAGCAGCCACAGAACUAGCAUAUGUAGUUGAAUUAAACGUUCUGUUUUCUUCUGAAACUUUUCUUUUCUUGGAUUUAUCCAUGGUUGGCCUACCGGGGGUCAAAAAGCUCAAUAAAUUGUGUGUCGGCAGAUAUCACACCUUGGUGGUUCUAAUAUUUUGAGCAACAGGGAGCCGCAGCAGAGGGUUGAAAGAACUGCGGGUUGCUGACCCCUGGAAAACUGAGCGUGUUCCUUUUAAAAGCUUGUCAAGCUGUUCUUAUAGUCUUAAAAUUUUUGUUUAUGCUUGGGCAAUAUCUUCUCUCACGGUUCCACUUCUUAGGAAACAGGAAAUAUGCUGACCAUUAUCUUCGGCAUAAUUUUUCUAGCACCUUUUAAACAGAAACAGGGAACCAAAGGUUUAAGAAGGCCCUAAGCUAUUGAAAUGCAUCAUUAUUUUUGGCUUCUUUGUAAAACUCAGUUUUCUACAUAUUUAUCUCUAGAUUAAGGAAUGUUGCUUGAAAAUGAUUUCUUGUAAGUCCUUAUUUGCUUACAGUAACCCUUUAAAUGGAAACAAUAAUUCUUGGAAGACAUUUCUCUUCACCUCUAGGAAGGAAACAAAACCUUCUAAGAAUUAUUGUGAGUUUGAAUAGAACUGGGUAUUUCUAUAUGUCAGAUUUGGGGAUUACUAAAAAUGGGGGAAAGCUUCUAUUGCUGAAUGUUAGACAUCUUAUGGACGAUGAGAUGAAAACCCAAUAUUUACAAUUGGUUAAAAAUGAUGUUUCAUUUAAAGAAUUUGGAGAAAGUGAUGAUAAUUUUUACUGGAGAGGAAUUACAUUGGAUGCUUUGGUUUUUCAAAACAAAGAUCCCAAUAGACUUGCAGUGAUUCUUGAGGCUUAAAAGUGCUAAAAUCGAAGGGUUAACAUGCUUUGCGCUGAAGUAGCAAGUUCAAGAAAGAUGUGCGGUGAGGACUAUCACAUUGCAAAAUCUUACUUAUGCAACGUACAAUUAUAACUGCAAAAAGCGAUCGUUUUUUUUGCUCUGCACUCACGGGUGUUCAGAAAAAUAUUUAACUAGAAAAUUCUUGCCACGGCAACGCAAGGUUUUCUGCUUGUUAUUUCUUUCAUGUCAUGUAAUCCAGGGUUAGAUUACUUUUACUCUGUUUUCAUUUGGAUUAUGGGGUGGAAUUGAGUCUGGAUUCCCAGGAGGGAGGGGCUGCAUUCCAGAGAACCAAGAGGCAACAAAGUCUAGAAAGUUUGGUGGGAGAAACUUAAAACAGCUCCUCCUUAGAAGUUCUCAGAGUAUAUUUUUAAUAAUGCAAGUAGUUUGCUUUUAAUUUGGCAAGAUUUCUGUCUAGAGGUGAGGAAAAAUAAAGAAAUCUGUUUUGAAGUGAUUCAGUUUGUCUUUCUUAGCUUUAGAACCGCACAGAUAAAAAAACAUCUUAAAAAAAAAAAUAGCCAGAGAAAUUCAACAGUAAGUCUUGUUGGAAAAGGCACCUAAGUUUCUGUUAGUUUUCCUUAGCUAGGUUGUCUUUGACUUACAACCAUGAUGGAGCCCAAAGUUUCUGUUGCUCGGAGAAUUUUGCCCUGUUUUACGACUUUUCUUGCCACAGUUGUUAAGUGAAUCACUGCCGUUAAUUUAGUCGCACAGUUUUUAAGUGACUCUGCCUUUGCUUGUCAGAAGGUCGCAGAAGGGGAUCAUGUGACCCCAGGACACUGCAGCCGUCAUAAAUACGAGUCAGAGGCUAAGUAUCUGAAUUUUGAACACGUGGCCCCGGGGAUGCUGCAAUGGUCAUAAGUCUGAAAACUGGUCGUAAAUCACUUUUUUCAGUGCCGUUGUAACUUUGAAUGGCCAGUAAGUAAAUGGUUGUAAAUGGAGGGCUACCUGCAGGGGUGAAAUGCUACUGGUUCGCAUCAGUUCGGGCGAACUGGUAGCUGUCGUGUCCCACUCCUCCGCUGACAGCCAGGUCAGGGAAAUCCGAAUCAGGCUUGCCUCUGCAGCUCUGCCCAAAGUCCUAACAAAGUCCUCAGAGCAGGCAGGAGACCAGAAAGUGACUUCAGCAAGAUAAGUUCGACUUUUGCCUGACUCAGAGACUGCCAGAAAGCAGAUCCUUUAUAUAGGCCAUGGGGUGUGGCUCCAUGACUCAGCACUUAUCCAGGCCUGCCCCUCCCUUCCCUCUGUUGCCUCCGCCUCUCCAAUCUUCUGAUGCGAGGGUCACUCCAAUCAGCAGCUGUUGGAAAUAAACCUUCCUCAGGCUCACAUGCUGUGGAGGAGGGGGAGGGGUCUAGCUGCUCCAUUUGCCUGGGCAUAGAGCCAGGGCUGGGGCCGGGGGGUGCUCCCUCCUCUGCAGCCUGUUUGGGCAUAGAGCCAGGGCUGGGACCGGGAGGUGCCCCCUCCUCUUCAGCUUGUCUGGGCAUGGAGCCAGGACUGGGGCCGGGAGGCAUACAUUCCUCCGUGUUCGGGAGCAGAUAAGAAGGCCCCGGCUGCUGUGAGAGCGGGCAAGACACAACAGUAGCGGCGGCGGUAGGUGGUUCAAAGAAGCAGUAGCUGCAGCAACAUGAAGCUCCACCCAACCACCCGGAGGUCGUUACUUCAUGGUUUUAACCAGGAAGUAACCUGUUUUUUACUGUUUUCCAAGCGCGCACUUCCCAAACUGGUAGGGAAGGUAAGUAGAUUUCACCCCUGGCUACCUGUAUUAUUUGUAUACAUAUAUGCCACUUCCUUUAUGAAACACUCAUUUUGUUAUGCACUGCAGAUUGAGGUAAGAAUAAACCAACCCACGCCUGGAAUACAAAUGCACAGACACUCUUGAGAUCUUUUAAUACAAAUAAAUCAACUGUGAGAGGGAUCGUGGAGACCUAGUGGACAACCAUUUAAAUAUGAGCCAGCAAUGUGCAGCAGCUGUCAAAAAAGCCACGAUGUAAAAAAGAUGUUGAGACUCUAGAAAGAGUGCAGAGAAGAGCAACCAAGAUGAUUAGGGGACUGGAGGCUAAAACAUAUGAAGAACGGUUGCAGGAAUUGGAUAUGUCUAGUUUAAUGAAAAGAAGGACUAGGGGAGACAUGAUGGCAGUGUUCCAAUAUCUCAGGGGCUACCUCAAAGAAGAGGGGGUCAAAGUAUUGUCCAAAGCACCUGAGGGUAGAACAAGAAGCAAUGCGUGGAAACUAACCUAGGACAGAUGCAACUUAGAACUAAGGAGAAAUUUCCUGACAGUUAGAACAAUUAAUCAGUGGAACAACUUGCCUCCAGAAGUUGUGAAUGCUUCAACACUGGAAGUUUUUAAGAAGAUGCUGGAUAACUAUUUGUCUGAAGUGGUGUAGGGUUUCCUGCCUAGGCAGGGGGUUGGACUAGAAGACCUCCAAGGUCCCUUCCAACUCUGUUAUUCUAUUCUAUUCUAUUCUAUUCUAUUCUAUUCUAUUCUAUUCUAUUCUAUUCUAUUCUAUUCUAUUCUAUUCUAUUCUAUUCUAAAAGCCACAGCCGGAGAAUCUAGGUAAGAGUUAUAUCAAACAAGAGCCUAACGUAACCUAUAGGCAAGCAAGUUUGAAUUUUUUUUUUAAAUUUGCAUUUAUAUCCCGCCCUUCUCCGAAGACUCAGGGCGGUUUACACUAUGUCAAGCAAUAGUCUUCAUCCAUUUGUAUAUUAUAUACAAAGUCAACUUAUUGCCCCCAACAAUCUGGAUUUGUGGGUGGUGGUGGGAUUUAAGUCCAAAUUCAACCCGGAGGGCUUUUAGUGAACAAAGAAAAUUUGCAGAUAGAGACUGGGUUGAGACUACGUCCUUUAAUACUCAAAUGUAUAAAGAUCACAACCAGGUGCAAAUCACUUUCUGUUCUACUCCUGGAGGGUCAUGGCUUGAUUAGAAAAAAAUGAAAUGCUUCUCAGGCUUAUAGUUGGAAGUUCCUCAAACUUUGCAAAACCCCGUCAGAUGAUGCCGAUGCCCUUCAAAACCGUGUGAU